AUGUGGGCUUGGCACGAGUUUGUCGAGUCUGGCAGGUCUGCUGAGCUCUCUUCUUGCAGCAGCUUUGUCGACGAUCGGCUGCUGUGGUCGCGCUCUGCUGAGGCCCUUCGCCAAGGCAAGUUGCGCAGUGACGAGGUGGACGCUGCCUACGACUUCACUUGCGAUGUGGCGAAGUGUCGCUUUGCGUUUCGUGGUGCCGACCCUGCUGCUCUGGCUCUGCGCGAUGAGCUUGGCUACGCUUCCUCUGAGGUGUUGGUGGUGCUUGGCUUGGUGGUCCCUUUGGAUCCUGCUAUGGUGCCUUCGCUGCGGGACUUUGACCUGAAGGUGGUACAGCGUCGCUUGCGCUUGAUCGGCGCGGCCACUCACAGCCUGCCAAACAAGAGGCGCCUGCUUUUGAGCCUUGUGUUGCCCCUGUUCACCUGGGCUGGUGGCCACGCCUUUGUCGGUGAGGAGGCCUUGACUGCAGUGCUGAGUGCUUUUCGCCAUGCCAUCUUUAAGGACUUGGCUGUGGACGCGCCUCUGGUGCUUGGCUACGAGGUUGCUGGGUGGGAGUGCCACCCACUGUUUGCUGCGCAAUCUGCGGCUCUGCGACAAGCGGCUCGGCUGCAAGCUUCUCCGCCGGUCUGGAUUGAGGAAGAAAGCGUCGACUUUGCGGCAAAGCGGUGGCUGGAGCUCCUUCCUGGUGCCAGGCUUUUGCUUGACGAGCUGCAGUGGUGGUCUGCCGAGCGUGGCCGGUUCAUUUGUCGGCGCGACUCCUACGGUGUGGUGCGCUGGUUCGAGCUUGGCGUCGACUCCAUGGAGGUGCUCUUCGAGUGGCUUCGCGACGAACGACGACGUGCUGGGCUGGCUGGCUGUGGGCGGGUUCUUCGUUCUCUGCAUCGGCCCGACCCUCAAAACGAGCUUGCUGGAGGACUGGUGCUUCCGGCGCCCCCUCGUGGUUCCUUGUGCCUCUUCGCUGAGCAUCGCCAGAUGUUUGCCCGUGCUGCGGACGCCAUCGACCGUGCUUCUGCUCUGGCGACUGGGUGUUCUACGUGGCACAAGGCCAAGCGUAAUGCUGGACGUGGCCCUCGUGGUGAUGGCGGUGCUGCUCCCGGCUCUGCUGAAGUGUGCUUGUGUGGUCGAAAGCUGCCUUCGCGACCUCACCUGGCCUGGGCUUGUAGCGCUACCGCGCAGUAUAGAGAGAACGUUCCCCUCCCUGUGAACCGGGCAGAGGAGCGCUUGUUCUCGCGAGUGGUCCCGGAGCUUCCUCGACCUCCUGACGUGCUCGACCCGAUGGACGUCUACGAGGAUAUUGCGGCGGUGCUCGACGGCUUGCUUCAGUCGGAGAGCUCCCUGACGGUGGCCGUCGACGGCAGCACUUGCUGCUCCUUGGCUGCGUGGGCUGUCUCCUUUGCUGAUCGCUCCUUUUCGCUGGGCGUGCAGGGCGAGGACCAGUCUUCCUUUCGUGCGGAGAUUGAGGCUCUUUGGGCUUUGCUGCGAGGCUUGAGAGAGCUGGAGCAGCGCUUCACCAUUCACUUGUGGUGGACUCCUUCGCAUGGGAAGACUGCUCCUUCAACGUGGCGGCCGCCGCCUUGCGGGGAAGUGGUGGCGAGGGCGCUCAACGCCAAAGCUGACGCAGCUGCGCGCUCCUGUGCUGGUGCGAGGGCCAAUGGGUCUCUGCGUAAGACUGUGAUGGAGCAGCGCGAGGCGGCGCUGUCUUGGGAAGUGAAGGCGCUGACUGCUCUGACCAGGGCGGCGCGCGCUUGGGCUGAGGCUUAA